CCAAGCCUUCGGAGGCGGGUGGGAAGUGAGCGAGAGGGGCGGGUGGGAAGAAAAACAUUCUCCAAAAAUAUUAAAAAGAAAACAUCCCCCUUGGCAGCGAGUGCGCGGGAAGUUGAGCGCGCGAGUUCCGGGCUUCCCGUCCGCCCCGCGCCGUCCGCAGCCCGGGUGAGCCCCCAGCCCCUGCUCGGCCUCUGCAGCCCACCGGGCCGCGGCCGUCAGUCCUUCCGUCCAUCCACCCGGUCGAUCUGUCCGCCUCCCCAUCCCCCACCCGUUCUUCCCAGGGCUCCGCGCGGGGUCUUCAGGGAGGAAAACGGCCGGGAUCGGUCAGGGCGCGCGGAGCCCGCGGAGCCCCCGGCCGCGCCCGGGCGCCGCCGCCAGCACGACCCGGUCCCGGGCGGUUCGGGGCUCCGGGGCCCCGCUUUCACCGCCGCGCGCCGGGUCCCGGGUCGUCGCCUCAGCGGCCACUUGUGGAAUUCUUCCCCGGAGGCUGUAACUUUAAACUGGCUUGAGCAAGGCCUAUUUUUAUUUGGAAACCAGCGACCAGAGGGCUGAACCAGAGUGGAGAACACUCAGAUGGAAGGCCAGCCCGCCACCUGAAGAUUGCUCACAAACUGGCCGGGAAGGACAGGCUUGUCCUGGGAGCCUUUCUUUGAGAUUUCAAAGUUCUGUCACUCCUGUACCAGGAUGGGCCGGACUGGCUCCUGAGGGGUUUUGAAAUGAGGAUGAUGCCUGAGCUUGGGGAGCCGUACGUGCACCCCAACACUGAGCCUCAAAGCCGUGACUCAGAGGCCACCACGCAUGAGCCCGGGCCACACUCCUGCAGAAAUCACUCCAGGAGCUCUUUAGGGACCGGCUUCUGGUGGUGAGGAGCAAGAUGAAUAUAGCAGCCAAGUACCGCCAGGCCUCCCUGUACGUGGGUGACCUCCAUGCGGACGUCACCGAGGACCUGCUGUUCAAGAAGUUCAGCGCCGUAGGGCCCGUGUUGUCCAUCCGCAUCUGCAGGGACCUGGUCACCCGCCGCUCCCUGGGCUACGCCUAUGUGAACUUUCUGCAGCUGGCAGAUGCCCAAAAGGCCCUGGACACCAUGAACUUUGACCUGAUAAAGGGCAAAUCCAUCCGUCUCAUGUGGUCUCAACGUGACGCCUACUUAAGGAAAUCUGGAAUUGGGAACGUGUUCAUCAAGAAUCUGGACAGAUCCAUUGAUAACAAAACACUUUAUGAACACUUUUCAGCGUUUGGGAAGAUCCUGUCCUCCAAGGUGAUGAGUGAUGAUCACGGCUCCCGGGGCUAUGCAUUCGUGCACUUUCAAAACCAGAUUGCUGCCGACAGGGCCAUCGAGGAGAUGAAUGGGGCACUGCUUAAGGACUGCAGGCUGUUUGUUGGCAGAUUCAAAAGCCGCAAAGAUCGAGAAGCCGAGUUUCAAAACAAAGCCCAUGAAUUCACCAAUGUUUACAUCAAAAAUUUCGGAGAUGAGAUGGAUGAUGAGAGACUAAAGGAAGUUUUCAGCAAGUACGGCAAAACCCUGAGUGUUAAGGUUAUGACAGAUUCCAGUGGAAAAUCCAAAGGCUUUGGCUUUGUGAGUUUUGAUAGCCAUGAGGCUGCCAAAAGGGCUGUUGAAGAAAUGAAUGGAAAGGACAUAAACGGACAGCUGCUUUUUGUAGGCCGGGCACAGAAGAAAGCAGAGCGACAGGCUGAGUUAAAGCAAAUGUUUGAGCAGCUGAAACAUGAAAGAUUUCGGCGGUGCCAGGGUGCGAAGCUCUAUAUUAAGAACCUGGAUGAGACCAUUGAUGAUGAAAAACUGCGGAGGGAAUUUUCUUCAUUUGGAUCAAUUAGCAGGGUUAAGGUAAUGCAGGAAGAAGGGCGAAGCAAAGGGUUUGGCUUGAUCUGCUUCUCCUCUGCGGAGGAGGCCACUAAAGCAAUGACGGAGAUGAAUGGCCGCAUCUUAGGCUCCAAGCCACUCAACAUCGCCCUGGCCCAGAAACCCUAGGAGAGGAAAACUUUCUGCAUCAGCCAGUGUGUGCUGCAGACUAAGAAAUGUUAGUGAUCUCUGCCUGAUUUCUCCUCAGUAAAUUUUAAAUUCCAGCUGAUGGCUGGUUAGUUAGUAAACGUUGUGGUGGAAAGUUUUGUAUACAAAGCUAUUUAUUUUCCUUUGGAGAAAAAAUAAGUGAAUCUUAGAACCUUGGUUCUUUUUACAGAGGAACACCAUGUAAUUAUAAUAUGGUAUAUUUUUCCAAUUUUGAUAUAGUGUUCAUAGUAAUAAGUAUAAUUAGAUAUAUUUUUACUACAUUUUGAACCAACUGAAGUGUGGUAAUUACUUGCGUUUUUUGCAUACUUUUUCUUAUUUUUAUAGUAUUGCUAGCUUUAAUCUCUUCCAUGAAAAUAUGCUCAAAGUAGUUCUUAUACCUAAGCAUUGCAAAGUAAUUUAUUUUUAUAAAAAGAAACUUUCUAAUCUCUCAUCUAAUGUUUUUAAAAGAAACCAAAGUUUAAAAAUUCCUACUACAAACUCAGUAUCUAAUUUCAUUUUGAAUUAAUGUUUAAAAUAGUAGAAAAUCAUUGAAUUUUCUUUCGGUUUUUAUCCUGAAAUGAUUGUUUUUCUGAUGGCUAACAUUAAUGAUGGAAUUACUUUAGUGUUGCCUACAAGUCUGCUUUAUAGGAUAUUUUACUGUUCUUUCCAUUGAUUGACAUAAUUCAGGUGCUUGCUAGUUAUCAGAUUUGUGACUUGAGUAGUAAAACCUUAACUUUUACAUUCCUUAAGUUAUAACCCUGUAUCAAUUCAGGUCAAAAAUUGGCCUUUGUAUACAGCAUAAAAUUAUGCCUUAAGUUUUGAAUCAGGAACCAAUAUUAUGUAAGUCAUAUAUAGGGAACAUAGAAAUUUUGUUUAACAACUGUGUUUUCUAAUCUCUGUUAUAUGUUGUUCCAUGUAGUGAUACUAUCUCAGGGUUCAGAAAAGUAAAACUUUCCUAUUUUUAUGACCUCCAUGUCCCUUUUAUUGGACUUUAAGAGCUUUGUAACCCAUUACAACUCACUUUUAGCUUUGAUUAAUCAGAAGCUCACUAACUGAUUUUCUGAUAAAUUGAAGUUACAUCACUUAGCUUGUUGUCCAGAAUAAUUUUAAUUUCAGUCCCAUUUCCAGACUUUUCUUCUCUCCUGCCUUUCCUUUAUAUGAUGUGGUUCCUCUAUACUUUUUAAAAAGGGUUUUAUUAUAUUGACUUUUACUGUGUUCUAUUUAAAAUCCAGUUUGGAAAUAGAUGCAAGAGUUAUUUACAUUUAACUAAUUACUUUUAAAAUUCUGAUUCUCUCAUACCAAAGGUGUCUUAAAAAAUAGUUUUGUUGUUUUUGUUGUUGUUUUUUUUUCCUCUGCUUAGUUGCUCCCUGAAACCAUAUAUCCAAGUCUUGUGUUUCAUAUAUUACCAGUACAGUAUUACAGAAAUAUUAAAAUGUUUUACUUUGGCAAUACUUUAGCUGUGAAAGAAUGAGAAAACCUGUUUCUGUUUAUUUUUCUAUCAAAUAUAUGAACAUUCAUUGCACAGUUUCUAAAUUAAAAGUAUCUUUUAGACAAUGAAAAAAUUAUAGCAACAUAUAAUGCUACUGUGGAGACAGAUCUUCUGUUAAAAUAUGUUGCAUCUCCUCCCCAGUUUUUUCUAAACUUAUACACAUAAUUUAACAAAAAUAGAAUCAUACUUAUAAACCUUCUUAAAACUGCUUACCUAAUUUGACAGUAUGACACAGUCAGCUUCCAUUUGUAGUUGGAAGGAAGUAUUUGCACUAUAAUUUUAACAAUUUUUUUAUCUUCCUUUUAAUGUUUGUACCAUAAUGUGACAAUUUUCUCUUGAUAAACAUAUAGGUUCCUAGAUUAUGUCUUCCAUUUUCCUAUUUUGUUCUAUCAUAAACAACUUGGAGAGAAACACCCUUGCAAACUCAUAUAUGCUGAUAUAUAUAAUUAAUUUAUUAAGAAAAUAUGUGAUUCAUUGGAAUUACUAUUUCAAGUGACAACAAUUUAAAAAGUAAUUUUGAUAAAUAUUACCCAAAUGCUGUUUAGAAACUUGUGCCACUUAACAUUUCCACUGUGAAAAAAAAAAAACCACAACAUUUCCACUGUGAGUAGGACUGCUCAUUUCCAUAUACUAAGAGGGAUUUUGCUUACAUUGUUGUCUGAUUCAACAUGAUAUGUAAAAACAAAAUAUUUCAUGAUUAUUUAUUUUACUACUAUAUUACCUCAAAAUUUAAGCAGCAUUUCUUGUAAUUACUGAACAUUUGUAUUUUCAUAUGUUUGUAAAUGAUGUUAGUUUAUUUUCAUGAUCUUAAUGUGUUUUCCUGUGGGGGUGUUUUUUAUUUAUAUGGAGUUGUUACACUUCUUUUCCCUGAUACUUUCAUCUUGUUUAUAGAUUUGAGGGUCAUUCCAAAAUUAAAUUUUUAACCUCAAAUUUUUCAAACUCUUACUUUGGUGGCUUUAAUGUUAUAUUUCAAAACACUUUAAACACCUCAAAUAUACAAACCCCCCAUAUACACAUACAAUUCAUAUGUAUUGUCUUCUAUGACUUUCAGAGUUUCAUAUUCUCAAUACUUUCUAAGCAAAGCUUUUGUGUAUACAGUAUCUUAUUCACAGCUUAUACUAAAUAUUUUUUAAAGUAUGUUGCUUUUCAACUCUAUUAACAUAUUUUGGUAAAUCCUGAUUUACUAUAAAAGUGUAUGUGAAAUCCAUAUGCCAAUUAUAAUUAUUUAGCUCUUUGGAUUACUGUGUUGAGAAGUAUUUGCCUGCAAAGCAGAGAGCUUUUAAGAAAGGGUACCAGGCAACAGGACUGGAAACUGUAGUACACAUAUCAAGCCUUGACAUCUUUUUCUGGAAAAUCCAUUUUAUAAAAAUGUUCACAUAUUUGAACAAUAGUUCACAGUACUUGUAAAUGGAUUAUCAAGAUAAUAUCAGGGAACUGAAUUCUCUUCUCACAUGUGUGAGGAUUUAAUAGGGCAUAAUGUCAGUUGUUUAGGUGAAUUGUGGCUAUAGUUUCAUGACACAGUAAUAUGCCAUUUUAGUAAAAAUUUCUUAUUUUUAAUAUUUACCUUAAGAAAUGACUGUCAGUUUACAAAACGUUUACAAAAAAUCCUGUAGGUUUUUAUUAUUUAAAUUUUUCUUUUUCUAAAUUUUGUGUGUGUAUGAUGCUGUCAAGUUGUGUGUCUUGUGUCUUGUGACAUCAGAGAUUCAGGCAUUAAAGAAACUUUACUCUUUUUAAGUCUAGGUGCCUUGAUAAAUGAAAAGAAUCUUCACUUUCUCAUAAGUAUUCCUGUAAAAGCUAAUUUCUAUAGAGAUGCCUUAAGCCACUGCUUCUGCUCUCCCUUCUCUGUCCCCACACACGUUGCCAAGUUUGUUAUACAGAUGUCUGCUUAUACAGCCAAUUGAAUAAAUAUGUGCCUUUUGAAAUUUUA